GGGGUACAAGGCUUGAAUUUCGCUCAGCUUCUUGACUAAACAAAAAAGAACGAAUGGGCACGUUUCAUAACCAUCUUUUUCAGGAGACGAAUGCGAUAUGCAUGGUAUUGAGAUCUUGCGCUAUGCAACCAGCGCACCAUUGCUUGUACUCGCUGUUUAUCAUCCUUACCCAUGAUGGAGCAUAUGACCUUUCGACUAACUCUUUAUGUAUCUCAGCACUAUGCAUUCAUGGAUUACGUGUGUACUACAUGUCACACAUUUCUAUGGGAAUUGGAAUCUAUCUAGUUUGUGUUCUGCUGCAAGACUACUGACCUUACGCCUAACUCCUAGUAUAGACUCCACAAGACAGGGAAAACAACGUUCAUUACUUGUCUGCUACAAUUGCUUGAGCUUUUUGAUUUGCUCUGCCCAGUCAUAUAUAACACCGUCG